UGGUUCAGCUGCUUAUCACACUGGACUAAUCAGGUCAAGGACGCGGGUGGAUUUCACGAUGGUUAACUCAUGUGACUUCUUUAUUACAAAGCCACAAAUUUCCCCCGACUCUGGACAAUGUACUACACAUGCGAGCUGUUAGUCAUAAGACCCGAUGUUCGGUUUGGUGACUAGACUAGGUUAGGUGAUCCCGACCUCAUCAUCUUCCUCGGUGGAUGCGUUAAGGGAGUGAGGAGAGCAGAUUGCCCUGUGAAUCACGCGAAAGAAGUGCUUUGAUUCUUUGCUAGAUUCCACGGAAAACAGCGUGAGGAACAGAAGGAACAAACCCUUACAAACCUCUUAGAGCUGGCCCUUCUGAAAAGAAAACCAGUCAAAGAAAAAGGGCUGGGAAGGAGGAGAAGAGCCAUGAGCAGAAUGGGCACGUAGUAAAAACAGGGGAUGGUAAAGACAAGGGCUCUGAUGGCGGCUCCCAAACUUACCCCCCCCCCCAUAAUGAUGCCUAAGGAGCUUAGCUAAGCGGGAGGAACCCAAACUACUGUCUUACUACGACAUUAAAGUCGCCGCCUUUGUUUUUAUUUUUAUAUAUAUUUUUAUUUUUGCGGGCAUUAAGCUUCCCAGUUGAGUGUAGCCUGCCCCCAAGCCAUCUUUCUGUCCUCCACCGAUUUUGCAGAGUAGGCACGGGGUUCCUGAGGGUGUGAAUGCACCGGUUGGCCUACAGAGUGCCCAGCCGUUGUACCGUAGGACCGUGGUAGGUUCCCAGCCCCAGGCAGGACAGAGGUCACUAUCCCCAGCGACAGAUGAGUCUGAGUCAGAGCCGGUAAGCCACGCAGAAGCCAGCCAACCAAAUCCUACAGGGAUCCAGUCUCUCUGCAUCUCUGCAUCCCACCCCCACCCCCCGCGCGGGCGGCGCCGGGACUUGUAGUCGCGUUGCAACGCUGCCCACACGGACGACACUACAAAGACCGGCGUGCCCCGCGCUCCGCGCCCCCCUCUUUUUCAGCCUCCCGAACUUGCGAGGCUCCGCCGACCAGCUGACUGAAAGCCGAUAUGGCGGCCACUCUGGGCAGCGGGGAGCGCUGGACGCAAGCUUACAUUGAUGCAAUUAGAAGAAACAAAUACCCAGAAGACGGAGGACCUGGCAGCCAUGACCCCUGUGGUUGCUGUAACUGCAUGAAGGCACAAAAGGAGAAAAAGUCUGAGAAUGAGUGGAAUCAGACCCGGCCGGGAGAGGGGAGCUCCACUUAUACAGAGGAACAGCUACUAGGGGUACAAAGAAUCAAGAAGUGCAAAGAUUACUAUGAAAUCCUGGGCGUCUCUCGAGAGGCCAGUGACGAAGAGCUUAGGAGAGCUUACAGGAAGCUCGCCCUGAAGUUUCACCCUGAUAAGAACUGCGCUCCUGGAGCAACAGACGCCUUCAAAGCAAUAGGAAAUGCCUUUGCGGUCCUGAGCAAUCCUGACAAGAGACUGCGCUAUGAUGAGUAUGGAGAUGAGCAGGUGACUUUCACUGCUCCCCGAGCCAGAUCUUACCAUUAUUACAGGGAUUUUGAAGCUGACAUCUCUCCAGAAGAACUAUUCAAUGUCUUCUUUGGAGGACAUUUUCCUUCAGGAAAUAUUCACAUGUUCUCAAAUGUGACAGAUGACAGUCACUAUUAUCGCAGGCGGAACCGCUAUGAGAGGACACAGACACACAAGAGAGAGGAGGAGGACAAACCUCAGACUCCGUAUUCCGCAUUCGUUCAGCUGCUUCCAGUUCUGGUGAUCGUGAUUAUUUCUGUCAUUACUCAGCUGCUGGCUGCUAACCCCCCAUACAGUCUAUUCUAUAAAUCAACCUUGGGCUACACCAUCUCUAGAGAAACGCAGAACCUGCAGGUGCCUUACUUCGUGGAUAAAAACUUUGACAAGGCCUACAGAGGAGCUUCUCUUCGUGACCUGGAGAAAACAAUAGAAAAAGAUUACAUUGAUUACGUACAGACAAGCUGUUGGAAGGAGAAACAGCAAAAGUCAGAGCUGACCAAUUUGGCGGGGUUAUAUAGAGAUGAGCGACUGCGGCAGAAAGCAGAGUCACUGAAACUUGAGAACUGUGACAAACUCUCCAAGCUAAUUGGCCUCCGGAGGGGCGGCUGAGAGCAUGGUGGCCCGGCUCAGCAUGGGGGGUUUCUACUUGUCACUAUUUACAUGUUACUUUAUAAUGCAAGUUAGGAAAUGGUGAACGCUUACUAUCUGCUAGCUUUGUUGGGCAGAGCUGCAGGACAUGGAGCCACACUCACCGUCCAGUUCUUCCAGGCCCAGCUCCCAGGGCAGGGACACUUCAUCUAAGUCCCAUGAACGGUAGAGUUCGGACUCAGCUCCUCUCUGGAUGUAGAUCAGGGCAUCCCAGAGAAGACCCACGUUUCCUCUUGCAUCCUGCCUGCAGCAAAAGCCGCUCCCCAGACAUUUCUAGUCUCAGUCAGUGCACUGAAGAGUAUGGACGGUGCGUGCCGGGAAUUACAGAGUCACCGUCCACCCGGUGUUCCGUUUUCCACUCCCUAAGGAGAGUGCAGAGAAGUUGAACUGCUUGGCCAAUAGUCUGGUGUUACUCCAGUCUCUGUUGAGGCAGGAGCAUCAGCAAACUGCCUGAUCUGUGAUUUAUCUUUCUUUUUCGAAAGGAGGGCUCAUUCUGUAGCCCAGGCUACCCUGGAACUCACUCUAUAGUCCAAGCUGGCCUUGAUUUUGCCAUGACCCUACUAAGUGCUGGGAUUACAGGCAUGAGCUACCAUCCCCAGUGAGGUCCCUUUUAUUUCCCUCUCUUUCAGAAAAUAAAACCUGUUGAGCGGGCUGGAUGCGAUGGCACACACCUCUAAUCCUAGCACUUACAGGCAGAGGCAGGCCACUCUUCACGAGCUCUAGGCCAGCCUGGGCCACAUAGCAAGUUCCCCACCAGCCAAAGUUAUGUAAUCAGAUCUUGUCUUUAAAAAACAAAACAAGCCGGGCAGUGGUGGUGCAUGCCUUUAAUCCCAGCACACGGGAGGCAGAGGCAGGUGGAUCUCUGUGAGUUCCAGGCCAGCCUGGUCUAUAGAGCGAGUUCCAGGACAGCCUCCAAAGCCACAGAGAAACCCUGUCUCGAAAAAACAAAAACAGAAAAUGAAAACCCCGUUGAGCUGUGAAACAGUUCCAUGGACCGCUGAGUAGCAGGAGAUGGGGCUAAGGGAGAAGGUGAAACACCAGUGUAGACACCCAGGUCCAUCAGGAGCUAGGGAGCACUCCCUGUGCUCCUUUAAGCCAUCAUUGAGUGUGGCAGGUCUCAGGCUGAGCACAAAGUGUGCAGAGAAAUGGUGGUGGAACCGAAGAGGAGGCUCAGGCACAGACGCAAAGGGAGGGGCAGGGAGGGCUGAUAUCAGCCUCGGCAGGCAGUGUCCUUCCAAUUUUAGUACAAGGCGGUCUUUCAUUCACUCAGUAUUUAUGGGAUGCCUCCUACAAAGCAAUGGCUUAUUUUUCUUUCUUUCUUUUUUUUUACUUAUGCCUCCUCACAAUUUGUGAAGCUGGUGUAUUACCUCUUUUAUGAACCAGAACAGGAUACAUGGUUGGCCUGGGUCAUAUGACCAGGUGAGGAAGUACGAAAUGUGAGAGAUCAUCCUGUUUCUUAGGUGAUGCUAGCCAGGCUGGUAAAGCAGAGAUUUUCCCCUCGGACGCCUCUGCCCCCCAGCUUGUACCCUUCCCGUGGCACUCCUGCAUCCCUUCAGGACUGCAGAGACGGCUGCUCUUACAAAGGACUCAAGUUCAAUUCCCAACACUCACACGGCAGAUCCCAUCAUUCUGUAACUCCAGUUCCAGAGGAUCCGGCUCCCUCUUCUGGCCUCCACAGGCACUGAGCGCACCUGUUACACAGACGUCCAUGAAGGCAAAAUACCCAGACAUGUUUUGUUUUGUUUUUUUAAUGCAGGACCCUUUGAUAACAAAUCCUUCAGAGGGAGGAAAAGCAGCUCUUCCUAGUACUAAGCCACCGAUUGCCCAGGCUGUAUGGUUGGGCCUUCCUGUGGAGGGCAAUGUCAGAUCUAAGUUCCUGAGCUACCCAGAUUAUCAUGAGACUGAAUUUGGAGGACCAGUUGAUAGCUGGUUUGUAUUCCACGUAUUUUUUCUUUUUAGGUUGGGUAUCAUGUAUUCCAGUCUGGCAUCAAAGUCAAUACACAGCUAAAAACUGAA